UGAUAAUCUUGGACUGCACGUGUAAUUGCAAGUUUCUCUUCUCUCUAGUAUAUCUCGCUUGCCCUGUCCAUAUCCCAUUAUCAAAAUUGUAGAUGAUGUCCGAAAAGUCUUCACCAUCGUCUUCAACUGCGAGCAAACAUACGAUAUUUGAAGAUGAGGACGAGAGUGUACGCAUAGCAGUGAGCGCACUGGGCGACAUGAGGAAUGGGGCCAGAGCUUCUGCAACCAAUGCUUCAAGCGCGCUAUCAACCCCAUCCCCUUCUCUGUCGCCAGAUACGACCUCUCCAGAUUUUGUGGCCAGAGUGUCCAAUUUUCCUUUAUUCAACACAGCUUUGCGAGCAUAUGAACAUGGUAAAGCCAGUUCGCGUGUCGUCAAGUAUGGUGCUGAGAUGAUGGAGUCAUCCGUGAAGACCAUAUCCCGUCCUGUAAUCGAUAGACUACCAGUUAAUGUCAAUCAACUAGACGAGUUUGCCUGUAGGCAACUCGACAAGCUCGGUAGAUAUCGUCCCCCAUCAAAUACUGACCUCGAACGGAUGCAAGUUGACGAGGCAUCGAGAGAGCGAAUAUUAGAGGAAGGGCAGACCAGUCGGGAUUAUCUCAGUUCGCGACAAGCACAAGAAGCCACGGACCCACGACCAUCCCGUAGUCCAUCACCUAUUCCUCAGAACGAUAACAAAACACCGCCCCCAAAAAAUCAAAUUGCCGCACCUCCUGACCCUCAAGGUCAGCAAGCAGUGGUGCAGAGGAGCCGCUGGCAAGCUGUUCUCCUAGAAGCAGGAGGCAUCAGUGCCGCCGUAAGCGAAGAAAGUAUGCGGCGUCUCAAAUAUUGUCUUCAAUGGCUCCAGUACGCCACACAACACAUCGACGCACAGAUCCUUAUUCUCAGAGAUUUCAUCGAAUCCUUGCAUCCAUCAGACUCUUCAUCUGGCACCGAUACCCUUAUCUCGCCUAUGCAUAUGCGGACGUUAACCGACGUUCGUCGUGACAUUGUGCAAACUAUUCGUCAAGUGGUUGAUAUCGUAAGCAAAUAUGCCGGCAGUGCACUACCGGAGCCCGCUCGGUCACGUGUCAGGGGCUUUAUAUUGCAUCUACCUCAGCGCUGGGCAACUGCAAGUGUUAAUUCAGCUCCUGCUAUAGCAGAUGGCGCCCCAGGCGCUAGUUCAGCAGUUGGCGCUGUUGCUGGCGGUGCUGGAGCUAUGAGACGUACACGGACCACCAGACACCAUAAGGAACGCAACGCUGGUGGCCCUGAUCGCUCCCAAGCAUGUACACCUGCAUCCUCUCGUGCAUCAUCCCCUUUGGCCUCCGUACGUGUAGGCCUACGACCAACUACCAGUGCUGCCACUCAGGCUGCGCAACGUGUUUUGGCACUCGCCACAGAAAGUCUAGAUAUGAUGCGUGGGGUUACUGGUGUCGUUAAGGAUAGCCUAGACCGUGCUGAUGCUUGGGUUGAACGUCUGCGCAUCGUUGGUUUACAGCGCCAGCAAUCUCAUGAUGAUUCAGAGCCCUUUGAUCAUGCCUCAUCAUCAUUCGGACAACACCAAAGGCAGAAUUCUAUUCCAGGCCUUUCAUCUACUUCCUCGACACCAUUCUCUUCUAUACCCUCCACACCCGCAGCUAAUUAUUCUACACCAGCAACGCCCGCUGCUCAUUCCUCCUCUGAUACCCUUGGAAUGGGUCUCCGGUUAGGCGAGGCGAGCGCUCGAACGUCAUUGAGCGAGCUCCAACUCGAUGGAGAAACAUACGAAACGGCGCGAAGUGUGCCGAAAGACUUAUGCGAAGGAGUGCCGCAGCGACGGAAGCCUGAUCGCAUUUGGGAGAGGCAGAGCCCCGAAAAUGCUAUACCAAGCAGAGAGGGAAUGAUAGUUGACGGUGUAUGAAGAUCAGUAUGGUGUUACAUCUUUUCUCUUACUCCCCGAUCCUUUCUAUAUCCAUGAACUUUAUAUGAAGGUCCUUUGUUUAAUUAUGCGCUUGCACGGGUGCUGGUUGGAUCUCUAAUUGUCUUGAAUACUUGAUGUACUCGUAUUACUCAUCCUAAUUUAUCACAAAGUCUCGAUUA